AGGGCAGUGGGCGGCGCGCGCGCUCAGCCAGUGCGCGUCGGUUUAUCAACCGUCCAACCAGCCAGCGUGCCAAAUCCAGCCGAAUCACGCCGAGCCGAGCCAAACCCGAUCCGAGCAUUUAGCGCUGCUGCCGCACACAGAGGCAGUGGAGGAGCAACGAUGAGCUGGUAGCGCAUCUUUUACGCACCCGACCCGCCGUUCGUUCCUACAAAUCCACAUAGCCCACUGCCGCUUUGCUUUUAAUUCUCACGCCGACACCAUGGAGACGGCGGUUCCCAGGACCGACGUUUUCAUCUCUCAGCUGCUCCUGUUCAGUCAAAUAGUGGUGGCAGCGGAGCCGCUGGUGCGAGGUCUGCGGAAGCUCCCCGAAGAUAUUGACUGGUCGUACUCAGGUGCACUAAACCAGCGCAACUGGGGGAAGAAGUACCCGUCCUGCAACAGCGGCAGACAGUCUCCCGUGGACAUCGACGAGACGUUCACCCAAGUCAGGCUGCAGUACCAGAAUCUACAGCUGGAAGGCUGGGACAAACUGACGGCAGAGUCCAGCACUAUUCACAACGACGGGAAGACCGUGGCCAUCAAUGUUGAAGGGGAGUUCUUCGUGAGCGGAGGAGGACUGAGCUCCAGGUUCCGCGUCAGUAGAAUCACCUUCCACUGGGGGCGCUGCAAUGCAACCUCAGAGGGGUCUGAACACAGCCUGAAUGGGAUGAAAUAUCCUCUAGAGAUGCAGAUCUACUCUUAUGAUCCAGAUGACUUCCAGAGCCUGGAUGAUGCUAUCAGGGAAGGAGGGAGGGUCGCUGCCCUGGCUGUGCUCUUUGAGGUCAGCCUGGAUGACAACGAGAACAUCACUCCUGUUGUAGAAGCCCUCAACACUGUCAGCAGGUUUGGUAAAAGCGGGUCGAUGGAAGGUUUCGCCCUGAGGUCCUUGCUGCCUAAUAACACCGAUAAAUAUUACAUCUACAACGGCUCCCUUACUGCACCUCCCUGCUCGGAAAUAGUGCAGUGGAUCGUCUUUAAAAACACUGUGGCCAUCUCUGAAACACAGCUCGAGGUGUUUUGUGAGGUGAUGACGAUGGAGCAGGCUGGAUAUGUGAUGCUGACAGACUAUCUGCAGAACAACUUCAGGGAGCAGCAGCAGCAGUUUAUGGGUCAGGUGUUCGCCUCAUACACCGGCGUGGAGGAAGUGCAAACACCCACCUGCAGCUCAGAACCAGAGAAUGUCCAGGCCGAUGCCCAGAAUGACACCACCAUUGUGGUUACGUGGGAGCGCCCUCGCUUUGUUUACGACACGACCAUCGACUGGUACACUGUCACCUACCAGAGGCUGCAGGGCAGAGAGCAGAACAGGCAGGAGUACAGGACAGACGGGGAUCAGGACGUGGGUGCCAUCAUCCCCAGCCUGCUGGCCAACAGCAGCUAUGUGGUUCAGGUCGUUGCUAUUUGCACCAACGGACUCAAAGGGCGAUGGAGCGACCAGAUCAUAGUGGACAUGCCGUUAGAAGACCCUGAAAGUGAGUCCGAUCCCGACGCUGUCACAAAAGACUUUGGAGGAAACAACAAGGAGGUCUCGUCUAAAGGCAAAUGGGAGAAGCCUGACAGCCAGAACCGCUUAAAUUUAUCUCCAGACGACAACAGCCCCGUGGAGGAAAUCCCCCUUGAGCAGACCAAAGUUUACCAGAACCAGCCCGGUGACAAAACCCAGGCGAACCUCCCGGUCCCCGUUGGCUCUCGUACGACCCCAAAGUUCCCGUCUGAGUCCGCCGUCCUGCAGAAAACUCGACCGAAACAGAAUGUGAAAAAGAAAACGGGCCCAAAGAAGAGCAAACCUGAGGAUGUGGAUCAGAACUGGAUCGAUGAGGACCAAAUGAUGACGACACAGCGGCCGUUCACUAACUCAGGUUUUGAUGGUAACGGUGCAAUAUGGGUAACUGAGGUCACUGAGCAGCCGGGCUUCCUGUUUCCAGUGGCACAGUCCAUCACACCGCCGACAAUCCGCCGACAAAUGACAGAAGAGGCCUCGCUGUCAGAGCCGCAGAAUCAGCCAACAGAUCAGGAUCCACCAGAACAAGGCGGUGAGAGCGGCCUCCCUUCUCCCCAGUCGGACCUCUCCACCAAUCCUGUUGAGGACAUCGAGGUCACAGACGUCUUCUAUGAAGACGCAGACAUCAACGCUCCUCCAGAAACCGCAACCUCUCCAGGUAAUGAUAUGGAUAGAGUCUCCUCCGAAGACAGCACUGAGCCUGUGAACAAGCCUCCACCGGAAACCAUCACUUCCUCUUCUUCUUCCAUCUGGAUCACAGUGAGGACGGCCACCGCCAGCAACACGCUCGCAGAGUCGGUCUACAAAACGUUCACCACCUCGUCUCUGCUCAAAGUGCUGAUGCACACGACGCAGCCCAUGUUUAACACAGGGAGCAGCAACAGCAGCCACGAGUCUCGGGUCGGACUGGUGGGAGGUGUGGAGAGAGAGAAGAGGACGGUCGUUCCUCUGGCUGUCGUCUCCACUCUCACCAUCCUCUGUCUGCUGGUACUGGUGGGCAUACUCAUCUACUGGAGAAACUGUUUCCAGGCAGCCAAUUUCUACCCUGACGACACUGCAUCACCUAAAGUCAUAUCUGUUCCGUCUACACCCCUGCUGCUGGCCACAGACGGUCACGAGCCGCUGACAGUGAAACAGUUUGUGAAACAUGUCAUGGAGCUGCACUCCACCAACACGUUCUCCAAGGAGUUUGAGAUUGUCAAAGAAUCCUACGAGGAGGUGCAGGCGUGCACGGUGGACAUGGGCAUCACUACCGACAGCUCCAAUCACCCUGACAAUAAAAGCAAGAACAGAUACAUCAACAUACUGGCCUAUGACCACAGUCGAGUCAAACUCUGCAACAGUUUGGACAGAGACGGGAAAUCUGGAGAUUACAUCAACGCCAACUUUGUGGAUGGUUAUGAGCGAACAAGGGCGUACAUCGCAGCUCAGGGGCCUCUCCGAGCGGGCAGGGAAGACUUCUGGAGGAUGAUCUGGCAGCAGAAUGUCGGAGUCAUCGUCAUGAUCACAAACCUCAAAGAGAAGGGACGGACGAAAUGUGAUCAGUACUGGCCCGAUGAGAACCAAGAGGAAUACGGUCAAUACCAGGUGACCCUGAAAAGCAGCAAGACCCUGGCUUACUACACGAUGCGGACGUUCACUGUCCGAGAUACCUCAAACAAGGCAUCUCAGAGGAGAGUUGAACACACGGUCCUCCAUUACCACUACACCCAGUGGCCAGACAUGGGCGUCCCAGAAUACACUCUGCCUGUCCUGUCCUUCAUCAGAGCAUCCUCCCAGGCGAGGACACAGGAGGUCGGGCCUGUUCUGGUACACUGCAGUGCCGGAGUAGGAAGAACAGGCACCUACAUCGUGAUAGACAGCAUGCUGCAGCAGAUCCAGGAUCAGGGUACUGUGAAUGUUCUUGGUUUUCUUAAACAUGUGAGAACACAGAGGAACUUCCUGGUUCAAACAGAGGAGCAGUACGUGUUCAUCCAUGAUGCUCUGGUGGAGGCCGUCUUGAGCCGGGACACCUCUGUGACGUCUGACCUCCUCCACACUUAUGUGUCAGACCUCCUGACCCCCGGGCCGUCAGGCAGGACCCGUAUGGACAGACAGUUUAAGUUGAUCAGUCAGCGGCAGGCGAAGCACGCAGACUACAGCACGGCUCUGAGAGACGGCAACGCGGAGAGGAACAGAGCCAGAGCGCUGAUGCCUGUGGAGAGAUCCAGAGUGUGUCUGACUGCUUCAGAAUCAAACGCCACGGGGUUCAUCAAUGCCUCCUACGUCAUGGGUCAUCAUCACAGUAAGGAGUUCAUCGUGAGCCAGACUCCCCUGAGCAGCACGGUGGCGGAUUUCUGGAGGAUGAUCUGGGAGCACAACACACACACUGUCGUCCGCCUGCCAGACGCACACUGCCAGAAUGCGGAGGCGGACGCUUGUGUUUACUGGCCCAGAAAAGACCAGCCAAUGAGCUUCGAGGGUUUCAUUGUGUCACACAGGGGGGAGGAGCUUGUGAGCCUGUCCAAUGACGAAAGACUUAUGGUGCAGGACUUUAGAGUGGAGUCUACACAGAGCGAGUAUGUGUUGGAGGUGCGACAAUACAGCGCCCCCUGCUGGCCGAACCCAGACAGUCCAAUCAGGAACAGUUUUGAUCUGGUCAACACCGUCAAAGAGCACAGCAGACAUUCAGACAGACCCUCAGUUGUUCAUGAUCCCUUGGGAGGUGCUAUAUCGGGGCUGUUCUGUGCCCUCACCACCCUGUCCAGUCAGCUUGAGGAGGACGGAGCUGUGGAUGUCUACCAGGUGGCGCGGAUGACCAACCUGAUGAGGCCCGGGGUUUUUAACGAUGUCGAGCAGUACCAGUACCUGUACCGAGCCGUGCUGAGUCUGGUGAGCAGCCAGGAGGACCAGCGAGCCCUGCAGAAUCCAGAGACCAACGGAUCCGUUCCUCUGGGACAGACAAACAUCGCUGAGAGCCUGGAGUCCCUCAUGUAGACACACAAACAUGUUCCAGCUGGUUUCUUACCAGCACACACACACAAACGCACACACACACACACACACACACACACACACACACACACAC